GGAAGAAUCAGGGAUUUCCUGCUUUUGGUAGAACUCUCCGGAAACCUCCGACAACCAUGCUCCUUAUAAAACCCUAACCCUAACCACAUUACCAGACCAUCGCACAAAUCAACCAUGUUCUUCUUCUUCGUCGGAGGAGUGACUCAAGAGGUUCGUCAGGUGCUGAAGCAAGAAGCCGGAAUUUGCAUCAACUGCCGGUCACCGGCGGACCUUGUCGAUACCAACAAAGUCCUCAAGCUGUUCUUCGUACCGGUCUGGCGUUGGCCGGGCAAAGAUCAGCUCAUGCACUGUAACAAUUGCGGCCUAUUUUAUCCGCCCUUGCUUUCUUCCGACUUCCGCCCGUCGGAAACCCUCCGAUGUCAGUUCUGCGAUCGGGAGGUUGACUCUGAUUUCAAGUUUUGCCCCUUUUGUGGCUCUGCUCUUUGAAUUCAUAUAAAAUUAUUAUUCUCUGUAGCAUUAUGAUGUCAAAUUCUGCUUUUGUUUACAUUCUGUUUGAAUAAAUUGGUUGCAUCUUGUAAUUAGUAAAAUAUAGACCAAAGAUCUUACUUGUAGUAUACGCGGUAAUUGAACGCUGUCACUCACAACUUUAUUUUUUUUUUCUGAGUGUCUAGCGCCUGUGUAGCAGAUGUCUUAGGUUCGAAUCUUGUUUAAACUGGUUGCAUCUUGUCGUUUAUAGUUGUGUUGGAUGAUCGAUCAGGGAUUAUUUGUGUUAGUUUUGAUCAA